ACAAUUUUCUAACAAAACAUGUUAUCGAAACAUGUUACCAAAACAUGUUUGCAAAACCGCUCGUCCGCUGCGCCUAUUUUUGUUAUUGUUUUUAUUUCAUUUCAAAAAUGAGUUCCGACGAAGAAGACGUGGAAGUUGUUUUAGCAAUAGUUGAUUUAGUUCUCCAAAGAAAUAAUAAAAAUAGGUUCCGGGUCCGACCCUACCUGCAACCUCGUUCCUUCAAUAUUUAUCAAGAACUAAAAAUUGAUGAUAGGUUCGGUAUAAAAAAUUUUUUUAGAUGUUCAGAAAGCGAUUUUCAAGAGCUAUUGACUAUGAUUUUACCAGAUAUAGAGAAGAAAACAACAUGGAGGAACGAUGUGAUUCCUCCUGACAUGAGAUUAGGUGCGACUUUACGCUUUUUAGCGACGGGAGACAGCUACACCAGCAUAAUGUAUCACUUAAGAAUCUCUAAACAACAACUAUCAAAACUGAUUCCAGAAGUCUGUUUAGCUCUCUACAAUAGACUGAAAAGUGUGCAUCUAAAAACACCUUCAACUGCUGCAGAAUGGAGAAGAAUAUCAAGAGGAUUUGACACUAAGUGGAAUUUUCCUCAUGCACUAGGUGCUUUAGAUGGAAAACAUGUAGUUAUGGAAGCCCCAGCAAAUACAGGAAGUCUGUAUUUUAACUACAAAAAAACAUUUAGUGUUGUACUACUGGGAAUGGCAGACUAUGAUUACAAUUUUACCUAUAUAGAUGUUGGCUGCCAAGGCCGAAUCUCUGACGGAGGGGUUUUCCGGAAUUCCACAUUGUUCAGAAGUCUAAAUAAUAGUACUUUGAGUUUACCCGAUGAUGAGCCUUUACCGUGUGGAGACGUGAAUUUGCCAUAUGUUAUAUUAGGUGAUGAUGCUUUUCCAUUGACACACUACUUGAUGAAACCCUAUAGUGGAGAACAUCAACAAGGUUCAUCGCAGAGAGUGUUUAACUAUAGAUUAUGCCGUGCACGACGAAUAAUAGAAAACGUAUUUGGCAUUUUAACUUCGGUGUUUAGAGUUUUUAAGAAACCCUUAACAGUAGAAGUGGGUACAGUGAUACCGGUCAUUUUAGCUUGCGUUGUUUUACACAACUAUCUAAGGCGAAAUAAAACAAGCAGAAGUAUAUAUACGCCACCGGGUACUUUUGAUAUAGAUGAAAACGGUGAAUUACUUGGGGGUCAAUGGAGAAAUGAACCAGAAGCAGAAGGCUUACGACCACUUCCUAGAAUACCUAGAAGAUCACCUAUAGACAGUCGGCAGAUUCGUGAUAGUUUUGCUUCGUAUUUUUUAAGUGAGAGGGGAAUGCUUCCAUGGCAAAACUUUGUUUAAGUAGUGAGGAGAUGAGAAUGUGUUUUUAGUAUAGUAUUUUUUUUUGUUCCUA